AGUUGUGUAUCGAUCCUCUUGGUGUUGAAGAUGGGACUAUUCCUGAUGAACAGCUAUCCGCAUCAAGUGAACAUAAAUCUCGGGUUGGGGCACAUCGUGGACGACUGAACAUUGAACAAGAUAGUGGGGGGAGAGGAGCAUGGCGUUCAAAAACCAAUGACCAAUAUCAGUGGAUCCAAGUUGACCUCGGCAAACUGCAUAAGGUACAUGGAAUAAUCACACAAGGCCGCAACAACGAAAACUUCAUACACUGGGUGACGUCUUAUGAGAUUUUUCACAGUGUCGAUGGUAACCUGUUUCAACCAAUCAGGAAAACAGAUUGUCAAGUAACUAGGUUUGUUGGAAAUUCAGAUCAAGACACUAACGUGACAAACAUAUUCCCUGACCCUGUCUACGCCCAAUUCGUCCGUAUUCAUCCAGUUGACUGGCAUGGCCAUAUAAGUUUACGAUUUGAGGUUCUUGGAUGCUCAGCAGGUCCAGUGUGCUCAGAGUUGGGUGGACGCUCCACUUAUUACAAGUCUUUUCUUCGCAAUCCACAAUGUUCUGUAACGACCAAAAACUCGAAAAGAAGUUGCAUUAGAUGCGCUGUGAAAUGCAUGAGGGCGCUAGGAUGCAAGUAUUUUAAGUACGAUGGAGAAUGCCACAAUUAUACCUGCAGUAACAAUGACUAUUUUGUUGCCUUUCAGUAUAAUGGUUAA